AUGGCCUCACAGCUUCUCCCACUCGAGCUGAUCGAUAGGUGCGUGGGGUCGAAAAUAUGGGUUGUCAUGAAGGGCGAUAAAGAAUUCUCAGGGACCUUGCUCGGCUUCGAUGAUUAUGUUAAUAUGGUCCUGGAGGACGUGACUGAAUUUGACUAUUCUGGCGGCCAGACGAAGCUAUCCAAGAUCCUACUGAAUGGAAAUAACGUGUGCAUGUUAAUACCUGGAGGUGAAGGGCCAGUCAGCGCAGCUCACUAG